GAAAAAUAAUUAUUUUAAAGAAACUUUUGUCAAUAGAUGGCUCGUGUGGAUGCAGCUGAAAAAGAAGCCAGUGAAGUGUUACACUCCUUGUUAUCCGUGGAACGAAUAGAAAAACAGGAGAUUAUAGUCGAAAGAGGAGAUAAUCCUUCUCCCUCUUCGCACUCUUUUCAAUCUAAUCCGACAAACAGUAGUGAUGGUACAGAAGGCGACCCUCAAAUACAAUGGCACACGCCAGUAUCUAUUGCGACGCAUCCGCUCUUUUCGGCAAUUGAAGCGAAUAAUCAAUUUCCUCAGACCAUGGACGAUCAGCAGGUAGUGAUAUGGGAAGGUCACACUAUACAAGUGGAACACGAGCCGCAAAACAUUGGGACGAUUUACACAACGGGUUCAACAACAGAAGCUCCUCCAAGUUCUCCUAAACGUAAUAAACCGAAAACUUCGCCUAAGAACAGCAAGAAAAAACCGCCUAUAAAGAAGAAAAAGAAAAACGGGGCCACAGGAGCUACCGGUGGUAAUAUUCCGACAAAGUUAGAAGAAAGUGCCGUACAAGUGAAGGAAAGAUUUCGAAGGGGAUGCGAGUGUCAAGACGAAAGCUGUUUUAGAGGAUUGAAUCCGGAAAGUGUGUACAAACACAGACUUAAUAUUGCAGAACUGACCAAAGCGGAACAUGACAUGUAUUUAAUGGGUGUGACAAUGGCUUGCCUGGCAAAUCCUGACGAGACGGUGCGACAUAAAGAAAGGCGAAGAUUGCGGGCACAAUAUGUUUACCAAGGCAGACGCGUAUGUUUAGACGCAUUUUUGUAUCUUGAAAAUUGUACACAUUACCAAUUAAAACGGAUAAGGAAACACGUGAUGACCCAUGGUGUCGCGCCAAGAGUCCACGGAAAUCAUGGAAAGAAACCUCACAAUACAUUUUCUUUAGACAUUUACAGGCACGCCACCGAGUUUUUAAAGCAAUAUUUAGAAACCCACACGGGUGAAAUUGGCAUUGGUAAUUUAAAACAGCCCAUUCAGCUACCGUGGGAUAUCACCCGGAAAAAUUUACAUGACGCGUACAAAGAGUAUGGACAAAUUAUAGAACCCGGUAUUAAAUUAAUGGGUUAUUCAACAUUUAGGCAUUUUAUGAAGGAACAGUUUCCGCAUGUGAAGUUUUGUAAGGUCGAGCCAAAAACUGCCCUUCAACAGCAACAUCAGCACCAAACGCAACAUACUCAAGAAGCGCCGCAACAAAUUCACACACAUGUCAUGCAGAAAUCUCAAGUGCAGGCUGUUGAUCGAUCACGUGAUCAACAGAUACAAAAAUCUGUUAUUGGUAAUGCAGAGGUGCAACAAGUUAUACCGCUUGUAGUUGCCCCUAAUGACGGUAGUUCUGCACAACAUCACCACCAAGCGGCAUUUCUCGUUACGCCAGUUCCUCACCAAAUUAUUCAAAGUGGUAACGUAGUUACGCCACAAAACCCGAAUGGACAUGUAUCGUCAAACACGUUUUCUUAUCAGUUAACAAAUACAGGUUAUGUAAUUAACGAACAAGGUAACAUUGUCACGACUAUGGCAAACGCGCAACAUCACACUCCCUAUUCAUUUAAUCGAAUGUAGGUCUUUUGUAUUAUGGAAGCUAAAUUGUAAAUAGAUCAAAGUAGUAUUACUUUAGUUUCAGUCAAAAGUUAUUUUUAUAAAACUAAUUUUACAUAAAGUAAAAAUGUGAUAUUCAUCAUUAACAAAAAGCUCAUUUUUAGCAUGUUCCACUUCAUCAUAGGUGAAAGUUUGCUAAUGAUAUUGUUAGUGCAGAACGUUUUUGGCAGGUUCUAGAAAUGCUCCUUUUUGUGAUGUUAAUUGAAUGUGCUUGUUUGUUACAUUGCUCUAUACAGCAAUAUCGUGUUGCAAGCAAAUUAAGUUCAGCUUCACAACUUUAUGACUAGUUUCUCACCAUCAAAAAAUAAAAAAUUAUGUGAAUUUAAGGUCACGCUCCUUCCACUUACAAAAAUCAGUGUUGUUCCACUCUAUAGGCCAGUAAAUGAACGUGGAAUGCGGCGUACUGUGUAAUUUUCCGCGUCUCCACCGAAUCGCAUGAAAAUUUGGAUUUAGGUUCCUCUUACCCUCUACUUCAAAGGUGAACUUGAGCCCA